UGGACCCUCCAUUUCUUCCCGAACUCAUCCACCUGAUACACGCAGUCCAGCCUCGACUUCUGCUGUCAACACCUUUGUCAAGAACGAGAGAGAGGGGGGAAUUUAUUCAAUUAAUUGAUUACCGAGGGGGACAAGGUAACGGAGAAGAAGAGGAAAAGCCCACCCUUCGAGGCAUCUCUUGAUCCGAGCGACGCACUGCAGAGCAAGGGCACACCCACACUCCACCACCAGGAGUCCAAGAUGGUGAGAAACUACAAACGCAAGACGGAGGACCGCUGGUCAAAGGAGGACUUGCUCGAGGCGCUCACGAACAUCAAGGAGGCCAAGAUAAAAAUCAACGAUGCGGCGCGGCAGUAUCGCAUCUCUCGAGCGACGCUCUACCGUCAAUACAAGAAAUUUCUCCAGGCCGGUGGGAAAUGCGAUGUCAACCAGUUCCGAACUUGCGGAGGGAACCCGAUCCUCACGAAGGUGGAAGAGGACGUAUUGGAAAAAACGAUCCGGGACUUGCGAGAACAGGGCUUUACUGUCACGUCCAGUGACAUAAAGCGGAUCUGUUUCGAGUACUGCGACUCGAACGGGAUUCCAAAUCAAUUCAAUCAAGAGAAGCGGAUGGCGAGUGACGACUGGUAUUACGGCUUUCUCAAACGCCAUCCGGACGUCCGAAUUGGCGAUGGGUCUAUGCCUCUCGAGGCACCAGCUUCUCCCAAGCCGAACAAGAAGAAGAAGAAGAAGCGCUCCAAUUCCACUGCCGCUGUUGUGGUAAAAUCUGAGCCAAAGUCUCCCACUCGAGGGGGACCUUCUGCAUCUUCUGGUGCCGGUGCGAUGACCACCACGUCUGCUAAGAAGACGUACUCCAACAAGAAGAAAACUGCGCCAAAACGCAAAGCUUCGUCAUCCGCGUCUCCAAAACGGGGUGGAAAGAAGGCUGCUGCCGCUGCCAAAAAGAGGAAAAUUGAUGCAGAGACCGUCAUUGUGAAACAGGAGGUCGACAUUCUCGCUCAGUUGGAGGACGAACGCGAUGAGGAAGAUGAUGAAGAAGAGGACGAAGAGAAUGAGGACGUCCUCCGCCAAAAUCAGGAUGAAGCAAGUUCCAAGGCUGACGACGAUGAGGAGGAGGAAGAUGACGAAGAAGAAGAGGACGAGCAAGGCGAGGAGGAGGAAGAAGAAGGUGACGGUGAAGAAGAAGAAGAACAAGAUCAAGAGCAAGAAGAGGAUGAGGCCGAGGCCGAGGGGGAAGAAGGCGGCGGUGAGGAGCAGGAAGCUGAUGACGAUGAAGUUGAAGAAGUCGAGGAAGACGACGAGGAGGAAGAAGAUGACGAAGGGACGGUGGAAGAAGUCGCAGCUCCAUCAGCAGCCGCCGAAGGUGGUGAGGAUGACGAUGACGACGAAGAAGAAGAUGAGGAGGAGGAAGACGAAGAAGAAGAAGAGGAUGAAGAGGACGACGACGAGUAAGAGAGGGACGAAGAUAUAGAUAAAUAUUCAAAAUAUUAUAAAAAAAAACUAAACUCUCAUCAUCAUCAUCAACGUAAAUGCCACCAAUGCUGCGAGGGCAUGCUAAAAAAUCCUGAAGAAAGCUAACUACGAUUUAAUUAUUCAACCAUUACUUGUUGUCAAUAUAUAAGACUUGAUGUUUUCACUGCUCCUCCUCCUCCUCCUACUAUUACUUAGGUUAGUUAAGAUAAAACUACAUAUUAUUAUUGAGGACAGUGAGUCAUAUUCUACUCGAAUGCGGCCGCGGGAAUGACAUGAGGAUUACCUUAUUAUAUUAUUUGUAUACUUAUAUAUGCAUAUAUACAUAUAUGUAAAAUGAUACUGGAUUUGUUGCCCCAUUUUCCUCUAAUUUUUAUCUCUCUAUCUCUCUCUCCAACUUGGCUAAAUUUUUAUAGACGAUAUGGGAUGAAGAAUAUGUGGAUCAAUUCAAAACUCUGACUGUACUUUCCUUUAACGUCGUCUUCUCUCUUAUUUUUUAGCCCGUUGAUCUUUCCCUUUGUCCAUUUUUAUGUAUUUAUGUAGCAGCAGUAGAUUUCUUACUUGUUAGGAGAGGAUGCUAAAAAUGGAGGUCUCGGAGAGCGUGUAGUCUCAGACUUUGAUUAAACUAGUAUAAAUGGAUGGUGACAUUUGGAAAAGACACGAUCUCCAAAUGGGUAGGUUUGUCAGACAUAUUUGGAGAAACGCAAAAGUUGACAAAUUUUCCACUUACCAAAUUUGCUGCUCUUCUGAAUAUCUCUGCCAAACGUGUUCAUUGUGAGAUCGUGCACUUUGCAAAUUUCACAUACGAUUGUUGACUUAUUUGUUCAAAAUCUGAGAGCAUUCGUUGUGCCAGGUCCAUUAUAAAUUAUUACUAGUAUUGAGAUACAAUUAGUUAACUGUUCUCAGUUAGUAGAUCGUUGUUAGUUAACUAGUUGUCUUGCUUGAAAGGGGUACAAUUGUAUAUUCCUAUUAUAUGACAUCUCGAUGUGUAUACAUAUUUAGAGUAGAAUUACGAAUUCCUGUGUGUGCUGAUUAUUUUGUGCAAAUUAAGGUAAAUUGUCAUUCAUGUUAUAUGCGUAUGUCCGCAUACGAAAUAUUUAUCGAGUUGUUGAUAUGUUUCCCUCUGUUCCUUUUCCUCGUUGUCCUUGUUCUUCUUAAUUUUGCAAAUCUAAAUAAAUAAAUAAAGGUCAAAAGAAAGUAA